AUGAGUUACAGGUGCUAUGAGAUUUGUAUUCGAAGAGUACAAUUCGAUUGCCCUAUCUCCCAGAAAUGUACAAUGAAGUGGAGGAAAGGGUUGUUUCCUUGGAACAGAGGAAAAGAAUUUGUUACCGGGGCUGUGACAGAAGGAAAGACACUACUCACGGACGGCGUAGUCAUGAAAGUGCUUUGCAAGCACUCAAACAAAUUUCACAUCAAGUUUGCAAACGAAAAAUCAAAAGGGACUGUGUUGCUCAAAAAGGAAGGAGAUGGUUGGAAGUGGUUUUGUGGCGGCCGUGUUGUUAAAGUGGAAGGUGAUGUUACAGACCACAACUGGAAUCAACUUUCAAGGUUCGAUGAUUCUUUGAAGAUGUCAAAAGAUUCUGUGAAUAACGAGAGUGGCUCUGAUGUGCAAAAAGAAGAAAAGGAGGUUAACCCCCGAAAAGGAGCUGUGGCUGCAAAAACUGACAAAAAGUGCCAACCUAAGAAAGUUGCAACAACGUCUUGUCCGCCAACCCCUGGAAGGAAAGGAGACAAAAAUGAUAUCGAAAAUAUUUUGUUUGCAGAGGUUUUGGCGCGGGACGUGAUAAGAGUCAACGAUGAAAAGGACGAACAGGAACUAGCUGAGGCGGAGUUGAAAAAAAAGCGGGUUGAGGAGGAUCUUAAAAAACGGAGAGUUGAAAAAGUUAUCGAGAUAAUUUCGGAUUCGUGUCGAGACGGGCGAGUCCUGAUGGUGAGAGAGGCGUUUGAGAAAAUGUCAUGUAAUGGAAAUGAAGUUUUGUUUUUGGGGUGUCUAUUGGGUGUGAGAAAGAAUCUCGUGAAAGACGACAAAAUGGGAUUGAACGACAUCAUCACAGUUGGAAAGGUGGUUGGUGAGAUUGGAGGGGUGAUUUCAGCUGUCGAAAAUUUGAUCAUGCGCCAAAGCAAGAAAGCCGCCCAAUGUGUUGUUCUUCGUUUGGACAAAAUUAUCAAAGAAUGCACAAUCGAGUUCAAGACAAAGGGCUUGAUCAACGAGGAUGUAACUCAAAAAUUUGAGGAAGAACUUUUUCAGGCUAAACAAGACAUGUGCUCGACCGGGAACGUAAAAUACUACAAAGAGUUUAUGAAAAUUGUCAACAAACGGUUUGUAAAAAACUUAUCGACAUACCAGACAAACGAUUUUAUCGUGACCAAAUUCGCCAUUGAUGAAAUCGAGGAAUGGUGCCUUUCAAAUUUGAUCUUUUUCUCGACUGAAAGUGUCAGCGAGGCAAUACACUCGCUUUUGAAAAAUCGCGACGCUUCGUCUGCCACUGAGUAA